GAGACUCCCGUCAGGAGCUAUGACUGCGCGCGGGACCCCGAGCCGUUUCUUGGCCAGUGUCCUCCACAACGGGCUUGGUCGCUACGUGCAGCAGCUGCAGCGCCUCAGCUUCAGCCUCAGCCGCGACGCACCCUCGUCCCGCGGCGCCAGGGAGUUCGUGGAACAGGAGGUGGCCGACUUCGCCCGACGGAACCCAGGGAUCGUGAUCUACGUGAACCCGCGGCCGUGCCAAGUGCCCCGAGUAGUGGCCGAAUACCUUAAUGGGUCCGUGCGGGAGGAAAGCCUAAACUGCAAGUCGGUGGAGGAGAUCACCGCGCUGGUGCAGAAGUUGGCGAACCAGUCGGGUUUGGACAUAAUCCGCAUCCGCAAGCCCUUCCACACAGACAACCCUAGCAUCCAGGGUCAGUGGCACCCCUUCACCAACAAACCGACGACCUUCGGCGGGCUGCGCCCCCGGGAGCUUCAGAAUACUGCUCAAUCCCAGUGAAGUUACCCAGCGCCAACCCCUCUGGACUGUUGAGAGAACCACCCCAAUAGAGGUGAUUCUAACUCCCCGAUUCUGAGAUCAGGAACAUAAAUGGAACCCACCAGUGGACUUAGUGCAAAGAUCUUGCUUGGGGUAAAGAACUACCCGUUUAUCAGUGACCUUGGGAAUUCUUGAAGCCCACAUAACCUUGUUGAUAUCCUUAAAACCCAGGAUGAGAAGUUAUGUACAAGAUUCUGUUAUUUGAAAUGUAAAUUGAUAAUAGAGAUUUGGAACACA